AAAUUCAUCAAGAUUCAAAAAGAAGAUGAAUAUGCAAUCGACAGUUUCAAUUUCAGCCAUUUCAAUUCGUUCUUCCAAUCAACAACAAAGCAAUGCACUCCAACAUAAAUUCAUUCUUCAAACCCUCUUCUUCAACAUCGCAAAAGCAAGCCAACGAUUUAUUCGAGAAUCUGUCUGUCGAGGAACAAGACUUCACCAGAGAACCCAAAAUUCCGAUUAUAUACACUCGAAGAUCUCCGAAAACAAAUGGGGAGGAUGAUGGUUUACUCGAAUGGGAUAAUAAAAACAAAUUUGAUUUUAGAGAACGGUUGGUGGUUACAAAUUCCAAAAGGAUUUUAAACAUGAAAAGAAAGUACGCACAGUUACAUCUAAAUUUCGGCCAAUCUGAUUUUAUGUUUAGCAACUGUAAAACUUGCGGAUUCAAGUUUGUGCCUGGAGACGAAGAAGACGCCAAGCUUCACAAAGAGUUUCACAAGAAUUACACUCAUGGUAUUGGAUUUAAGAGUUGGCGUAACGAAAGAGUUAUUGAGACGCACUCGUUAGAAAAUUCGCGGGUUAUUUUGGUACUGAAUGAUGAUCCUCCUGCUCAUGUUAGAAAGGUUGAAGAGGUUAUUAAGAUGAUGGAGAUGGACCUUGGUGAUGGAUGGAUCUUCCAUAAACACUGUAAGGUUUAUCUUUUUAUUUCCUCGCAUCGAGUUGCUGGCUGCCUUGUUGCGGAGCCAAUUAAAAAGGCGUAUCGGUUAAUCUCCAACUCGGUUGAAAAAUCUGCUGUAACCACUACAAAGGACGGAAAGUUGACUCCAACGAUCUUCCAGUUUGGUAACAUUAGCUUCCAAAGAGAAUUACGGAGAAAAAACUGGUUGCCAAAAAAUGAAAGAAAAUCAGAAGACGCCCUCCUUGGAGCCAUCGUUUGUGAAAAUGAUGCGGUCACUGCAGUAUGCGGUAUUCGUGCAAUUUGGGUCACACCCUCCAACAGAAGAAAACAUGUCGCCACUCGUUUACUUGAGGCCGCAAGGAAAAGUUUCUGCUCGGGUUUGAUCCUUGAACACAGUCAAUUAGCGUUCUCUCAGGCAACGAACGCAGGGAAGUUAUUAGCAACCAGUUACACCAACACAAGAUCUUUCUUGGUCUACUACACAACAAGCUUAUUGUAAGCCAUUAACAUCCAAAAUCUUGAAUUCAUUACUUGAAUUCGUAUAAUCGUUAUAUGUCAAGAUACCCAUGAUUUUCCAAAGCCAACAAUGGUUUAAUUGGUUA